AUGCCGUCGAUUCUGAACGUGGUGCACAUGUGCUCACAUCUGAACAAUGCAUCCCGCGCCCGCCUCGGCAUCACCUCCAUCAAGAACACAAAAUACAACCUCCUCCUAGCGCUCGCCAUGCACCGCGCCGGCUUCUUCUCCUCCGUCUACCGUGGCGGCCCUAUCCCCCCGACAAUGGAGCAGAUGCUCACCGAGACCCCCGAGCCCGUCACGACAGCCAACGUUGCCACGCGCCGCCUCUGGCUCGGCCUCAAGUACUGGGAGGGCAAGCCCGUCCUGAACCGCACACAGAUGGUCAGCCGAUCGAAGCGUCUCGUCACAGCUACAGUCCCCGAGUUGGAAAGACUUGUUCGUGGAUUCCCUAGCAAAGUUAGCGGUGGUGUCAUGCCAGGCUUGACAAUGGGCGAGUGCAUGUUCCUUGGCACAGACAGAGGUGUUUUGGAAGUGCGAGAGGCGCUAGAGAAGCAAGUUGGAGGACUUAUUAUCUGCAAGGCCUCAUAA